AUUAUUCUUUAGACUCCAUUCCCCAGCAAGCUCAGCGUGUAGCGUGCGCUAUGGAGCCUCAUGUCGCAGAACUGAAGCAGAAGAUUGAGGACACGUUGUGUCCUUUUGGCUUCGAGGUUUACCCCUUCCAGGUGGCAUGGUACAAUGAACUCCUGCCUCCAGCCUUCCACCUGCCCCUGCCAGGACCUACACUGGCCUUCUUGGUACUCAGCACACCGGCCAUGUUUGACCAGGCCCUCAAGCCCUUCUUGCAGAGCCACCACCUCCAAUCACUAACUGACCCUGUGGAUCAGUGUGUGGCCUACCACCUGAGACGUGUUAGACAGAGCCUCCCAGAGCUGCAGAUGGAAGUCAUUGCUGACUACGAGGUAUACCCCAACCGGCGCCCUAAGAUUCUGGCCCAGACAGCAGCCCAUGUGGCAGGAGCUGCUUAUUACUACCAACGCCAAGAUGUGGAAGCUGACCCGUGGGGAACUCAGCAUAUAGCAGGUGUGUGCAUACACCCCCGAUUUGGGGGCUGGUUUGCCAUCCGUGGUGUCGUGUUGCUGCCAGGGACAGAGACUCCAGAUCUGCCACGGAAAAAGCCCCCAGACUGUGUACCUUCUAGAGCUGCCCGAAUUACCCUGCUUGAAGGCUUCAAUUUCCAUUGGCGUGACUGGACUUACCGGGAUGCUGUGACACCCCAAGAGCGUUACUCAGAAGAACAAAAAACCUAUUUUUCCACCCCACCUGCCCAACGCUUAGCCCUACUAGGUUUGGCCCAGACCAAAGAGGAGCCUAGCCCUAUAUUCCCCGAGUUUCCCUUUACAACACUCACAAAGAAGCCCCAGAUUCCCAGCAGUGCACGGAGCUGGCUCAGCCCCAGCAUCUCGCCACCUGUAUCCCCUGGCCCUUGAUACCUUCCCUAUUCUGUGGAAUCCCAUUUAUAGUGGUACUUGCUAGGACUUGUGGCAAAAAUAAGAUUUUAUUUUGGGUACAAGAUGACCAUUUCUUGGUCCAGAUUUAUUAAGAAUAAGGAAGAUUUGGUUAAGGCAAAUCUGCACUUAACAUUGGGUAUGGGAUUCUUGCCCCAUUUCUAUGGUGUGUGUCAAGGAAGUCAUCCCCAAAUAGUACCCUCAUAGGGUUGUGGGGAUUAAAUAAAUGUCUGGCAUAUAAUAAAUAGUAUGUUGAUAUUUAUUGAAGGCACUAGGAAUCCUGUUCACAGAUCCAGUCAGUUCUGAAGGGGUGGCACUUAGAUAGGAUUCUCAAUAAUGAAUCUGCCCUAACCUGAAGAGCCUAGAAGAAACCUAACUUCUGGCUGAGUUUCCCUUAGGGCAAUUGUAUAGUGAGGGUCAAAAAUGACUAUCCUAGGGCUGGGGAUGUGGCUCAAGAGGUAAUGCUCGCCUGGCAUGUAUGCGGCCCGGGUUUGAUCCUCAGCACCACAUACAAACAAAGAUGUUGUGUCCCUAGUACCUCCCCAAAAUAAUAAUUACUGCCCUAUAUCAUGGCUAGAAACCAGGGAAGGUAAAGUGAUCACUAUUUGUUAUUUAAGCCCUACCCAAGGCCACCAGCCAUGUGUUUUGUUUUCCUCUCCCCCUUUGACUUCCAAAAGGACCUAGGCCUACAAUGCAGGUAAACAGGCAUUUUUAGAGGCCAAACUUCCGAUUCUCUGACAGCCCUCUCUAUAAAUUGGGAACAUAACCUUCAACCCAACAUACUUCAUAAAUCACAGUACCCUGGGCAAAUACCAUCACAGAGCCCGUUGUUCUCCCCCAGAUGUAUUAAAACAAAAUGUACACUUGGUUCAAU